UUCACUGCGGUGUGACGGAGGCGUCCGCUAACACAACCCUCAACUGGGCGUCAUUGCUGUUUGGCCAGCAUGCUAACAUUGAUACGGUGAGGCCAAUUUCUCAUGAUAUCACCAUCCAUUGGCAGAUGCUGCUGGCACUCGUAGUCAUAAGAACAGAACCGGCGCCUCUCAGCAUAAUCCUCUUAUUCCUCCCCAGCUGUGCAAACCUACUUUACCCCAAGGCUGACCGCCAGAUAUACUUUGCAGCAUCAUCAAAUAUCUCUUUCAAGACUUCAAACGAGUUGUUCCAUCUCGUUCUUUUGAUUUCAAUCGCCAUGUCUUCCACUAUGACUGCAGCUGAGCAGGUCAAUCAGAACACCUUGCUACCCAUGCAUCACCAACCACCACGCGCCCAGCCAUCGCCUACACUCAAUGCCAAUCCGUUUGAUGAACAGCACACACUCUCAAGGGCUGAUGCGUUGGUAUCUGGCGUCUCAACGUGGUUUACUUGUAUCAAAGAAUACGCCCCGAUCAUUGGCAUCUUCGUCGCCAUCGUCACGCUCGUCGUGACGAUCAUCGGAAUCGUGGUCGCUGCUGUUAUUACUGUCGCAAUCAAGUGAGCUACGAGUGCAGAAGGAUCAACUCGAAGCAGCC